AUGGGCUUGGUAACAAGACUCAACGGUGUGGAUCCUCAAAAGGAGAACCUGGGCCUUCCUGGCACCUGGGUCUUGCUAUACUUUGGAUUCAUGGGGCUGUGUUGUGUGAUAACUGGCAGCUGCAUUAUAUUUCUUCACUGGAGGAAGAAGCUGCAGCAGGAGAGGUGUGCCCAGCAGUGGGUGGAAGUGAUGACAGCUGCCACCUUCACUUACGACCCACUCUUGUACUGGAUAAAUACACAGAGACACCAUGGUAUCAAUGCAGCUAUCAAAAUAGGCCAUUUCCCAGCUUUUACCAACACUGAGAUUAAAGUCCAGAUUCCAGAAUGUCUGUGGGAGUCAGACACCCCUGAAGGCAAGGGUUAUGGCCUCAGAGGCAGCAGCCCCAAGGCAGAGUCCCCUAUUGCUAUGAAAGCUGCUCUGGUGGUCACACACCAACCAGAUGCCACAGCACUGGACAAUUUAAAGUCAGCUAACACCAAACUGAGUGUUAUGUGA